AUGGUUAAUUGGACAAGUAGAUCUAUUAAUGAAUUAGGUGUUGAUUCAUUACAAAAAGAUAAUCAUCGGCGUCAACAACAACAACAACAGGGAACUACAAGUUUAAAUCAAAGUAGAAAUCAACAACCACCAUUUAAUAUGUCAAGUCAAUUACCAACACCAGUAGAUCCCGAUUUAUUUACUAGGGUGACUUUUAAGAUACAAACAUCGGUUCAAGACAUUAGGGUCAACCAAGCAGUUGCUAUUAUUGGCGAUGUGUCUGAACUUGGAUGUUGGAAUGUAAAGGGGUCGGUCGAGUUGUCAAACACCGAGCGUACAGAUAGUCAUUUGGUUUGGACUGCUUGCGUCACCUUUCCAACGUCACUUCAUGUAAAUUACAAGUAUAUCAUAGUCAACAAGGCGAGAAAUCCGGCACUCCUAGUUGAAUGGGAGGCUGCAAGAGGAUCAUCGAGAUCUAUCAAUGUAGAGGGAAAAGAUAUGUUUGUCAAUGAUGGAAUAUUUGGUAUGUUGGGGUCUGGAUUGACCCCGUGGAUUGGUCGUGGAUGGUUACCAGACUACGAGACACAGUUACGUAUUUUAUUACAAGUCGAUGAGAAACCAGUGGUUCUCUAUGACGAAGAGAGUCAUCCAGAUAUUGUUCUUCGUCUUCACGAUCCAUACGGUCUAUCACAAGACUUUUCACUACCAAUGACUAGUUUUGCAGAGCUUGUCUUGCAUGCUCCAACACUGGAUUGUUUGGGAUUCUCUGCUAGUAUUGUCGAAUAUAAAGAUGGAGCUUCUAUCGGUGGCAAUGGCCUUGGAGGAUCCAAUUCACCUUCAUCACCCACCAAUGUAAAUAUUGUCGGUCGCUCAUUUAUCAUUUCACAACAAGUCCGUAACAAAUGGGGCAAGAUCUAUUCACCAAUCAUCUCACCCGACGGACUGGUCGUAGGUGAAUUUAGAUGCAACUAUCUUGUAGUCACUCCAUUUACUCAUCCACUCAAUUCCAUUGGUUCUCUUUGGCGUUCAAUCGUUGAAAGAAAUCCACAAUCCAUUAUUGGUCAUCGUGGAAAUGGUAAAAAUAAUUUUGGUAUAAAUACAAAUGCUGUUACCGAGAAUACAAUUUUAAGUUUUUUAACAGCAACUAGAUUUGGAGCUAAAAUGAUCGAAUUUGAUUUACAAUUAACAUAUGAUAACGUUCCAGUUAUUUUCCAUGACUAUGAAAUUGAAAUUGAAACAUCUGAAGGUGUUACAAUGAAAGAAACUAUCAAUAGAUUAACAUUGGAACAAUUUUUAAAACUUAAACCUCAAAAAGGUAAUAAAGGACCAUUAUCAAAAGGCAUGUCACAUAUGAAAGGAAAUAGAUUAUCGAGAAGUACAGGUGAUCUUUUACAACUUUUACCACAAUCUGUUUUUCCAACAUUUACAGCUGUGACCUCAUCAUCAACUUCAACAACAACUUCAACAACCACUACCAAUACCAAUACCAAUACUCACGCAACAGAUUUAACUACUAGUACUGCUGUAUUACAUCCAAGUCCAACUGGAUAUUCAAAUGUCAUUCAUGAUAGAUAUUCAACCUUUCAAGAUUCAUUUACUUUUGUACCCCAAGACGUUGGGUUCAUGGUUGAAAUUAAAUAUCCAAACAUUGCAAUGCAAAAUUUAAGAAAAUUUACUGCUCCUGAAAGAAAUGAAUUUGUUGACAUUAUUUUAAAUGUUGUAUUUAAUGAAGCAGGAGAUAGAAAGAUUGUAUUUUUAACAUUUGAUCCAGAUAUUGCAAUGUUAUUACGUACCAAACAAUUUAGAUACCCAGUAUUAUUCCUUGUUUGUAGUGAUACACCAACAUUUUAUAGCGUAUUCGAUCCAGAUGUCAAUGUAAACGAUACACGUGGUAAUUCAAUUCUCAAUGCCAUUUCAUUUGUAAAGAUUGUAAAUUUGGAUGGUAUUGUUUGCGACAGUGAAAGUAUUCUUGCCAAUCAUUCAUUUGUUGAAACUAUUCAUCGUGAAAACCUUUUAAUCUUUACUUAUGGUUCAAAAAAUGUCGAUCCAGUAAAUGUUAAAAUUCAAACAGAUCUUGGUGUUGAUGGCAUUAUUGCAGACAAUAUGACAAAAUUAAGUAAAAGAUUAAAAGAACAAUGUACUUCAUCAGCUUCAACUGCUGCUUUGGUUUAA